GCAGCGCUGGCCUGCGCUGGCCAGUCAACAUAAGUAUACUGGCUGCAUGUAUAACUUGGCAGUCUACUCCCGCCUUGGUCACUGCGGAGUCCGUGUUCCUCGUGAACAUAGCGCGAAACGAUGUCGCGACUCAGAACUGAGGACGACAAUCCCACAGAAGACACACCUUUACUACAGGCAGAUGUCAGGGUGGAUGGUGGCGAUGGGAAGGGGCCCGUUGCAAUAACGCCUCUUCCGAAAGCGCAGAUCAGUAUCUUAUUUGUUCUUAUGCUCGUGGAGCCAAUCCUUUCCCAAAGCAUCUAUCCCUUCAUCAACCAGCUUGUGAGCGAACUCGACAUCAUACAUGGCGAUGAGAAGAAAGUCGGCUAUUAUGCCGGCCUGAUUGAAUCCAUAUUCUACCUGACCGAAGUCGUGUUCGUGAUCCAAUGGUCACGACUGUCUGACUACAUCGGUCGCAAACCGGUAUUGCUCAUCGGGAUGGCAGGGGCAACAACAUCCAUGAUAUGCUUUGGCCUCUCGAAGAAGUUCUGGCAACUAGUGCUCAGUCGGUGUAUACUGGGCGCCUUGAAUGGCAACGUUGGCGCUAUGCAAAGCGUUGUUGGAGAACUCACCGAUUCGACCAAUAUGGCCCAGGUGUUUGCCCUCAUGCCCGUCGCAUGGUCCGUGGGCGCCACCACAGCGCCGUUAAUUGGAGGGCAGCUAGCCAAGCCUCACGAUAGAUGGCCAAACGUCUUCGGGAACAAAUUUUGGAUACGAUAUCCAUACUUCCUUCCCUGCGCUGUUGCUGCGGCAUGCGCAGCGCUCGCCUGUCUCAUUGCGGCUCUCUUCAUGAAGGAGACCCUCAAACGCAAAAAGUCUCUCCACUCUUCCGCGUCUUCCUGCGAAGACCCCGAGGAGCAAGCCUCCGAGACCACCGUUCCCCUUCUUACACUCCUCAAGCACCCGCGCGUCCUCCUUUCCGUCGCAAACUAUGGCGCGCUUUGUCUACUUGACAUAGCGUAUCGGGCAGUCCAGCCUCUCUUCUUUGCAACGCCGCGCUCGUUGGGAGGUCUCGGCCUUCCGCCCUCGACGAUCGGGCUGAUCCUCGGAAGCUUCGGUAUCUUCAACGGUAUCCUCCAGGCGUUGUGGUUCGCUCCACUGGUCAGACGCUUCGGCCCUAAACAUGUGCAUAUGGCUGGCUUGGGUGCAUUCAUUCCCCUCUGGAUACUGUUCCCUGUGAUUGGGGGGCUUGCGCACUGGCAGGGAGGGAUGACACCUCUGGUAUGGUCGAUGGUCAUGCUGCAGCAGGUCGUGAGCGUCGUAAUGGACACAGCAUAUGGCUGCGUAUUCAUGUACAUCACGUCCUCUGCACCGAACAGGAGCUCCCUCGGAGGGACCAACGGUAUUGGGCAGCUUGUCGCGGCAUUCGUGCGGGCUGUUGGACCUGCCUCUGCUACUUCGCUCUUCGCGGUGUCGCUCGAGAGGAACUGGCUUGGUGGAGGCGCCGUUUGGCUUAUCCUUAUUUUGGUUUCAUGUGCACUCUGGACCGUCUCGCUCCAUCUGCCGAAAGAGACGUGGCCAAGAGAGAGCGAUCAUCAUUCAAACGAAACCGUGGUCGGGAGUGACUGUGAUAGCCAAACUGACAGUUGAUGAUACAUCUUUUUAUGGCGCGCACCUAUAUUGUAUCGAUACUCGGGUUUUUCUGGUGG